AGGGAUUCGGAGGUUUAUUUCCGUUUCUUCGUGGAACAAGCUCCCGGUACAUGUGUCCGGAUCGUUGCUGCUUGUCGCCAGGACAGACCGGGUACAAGACGCAGCGACUCUGCCGAGAAAACCGAGGUACGCUUGUGUUCAUGCAGCAAUCGUCCCGGUCCGGCUUGCUUAGUCAUCGCUUGUGAGUCAUGCCACCCAGGGCAACAAAGCGUGCUCGCCGCUCCGAUCUAGGUGAUAGACCUGCUGCUGGCAAUGCAUCUACCGAGGACGCUUCGCCGACAGCUGCCUCGCCCUUACCCCCGAUGCCGCCUCCAGAGGAGGAGCCGCCUCUUCCACCAGCCGAAGAUGGCCCGCCCUUGCCUCCGGUUGCAUCAUCAUUCGUAGCACCCCCACCGCCGCCGGACGAAAAAAAACUGUUACCUACAGACGCUACGUCGCGGGAGGCUGGUGAUGGCGCGCUUGACGAAGAUGAGCUCAUGCGCCGCAAACGCAAGCUGGAAGAGCUCGACGAGGCAGACGCUCAGCAAGACGCCAGCUAUUGGGAGAAACUUGCGAACGAGAAGGAAGAGGCACUAAAGAGAGAGAAUGCUCAGCGCAAUGCCACGCUCUAUCUUGACACCAUCUCGCGGCAGCACCUCGACUUCGACUUUGAGCGCGUUUGCUCCGUGUCGCUAUCUCCCUUGCACGUCUACGCCUGCCUCAUAUGCGGCAAAUACUUUCAAGGACGAGGACCAAAGUCAUGGGCUUCCAAACACGCUGUCGAUGAGGAUCAUCGUGUCUGGAUGAAGCUGGAGGAACCGGGCAAAGGCAAUGUCUACAUUUUGCCAGAAGGCACCCAGGUGCGCGACGAGUACAGCCUGUCAGCCUUGGAGGACAUUAAAUACCUUUUAGAUCCGACGUUUUCCGAGCGUCAGGUCCGCAGACUCGAUGCACCCGACUUACGUUCUUCGCGCGACCUUCAAGGCCGCUCGUAUAAGCCAGGCUUCAUUGGAAUGAACAAUCUGGGGGGCAAUGACUACAUGAACGUCGUCAUUCAAGCCCUUGCACAUGUCAAGCCUCUUCGCGAUUUUCUCAUCCGCGGGAGGGCUCUUCCACUGCAGCAGCGCAAGGAAGACGCUGAAACAUUCGCAGGAAUCGAUGCAACGAGCUCAUCUGAGUUUGCUGCGCGCUUCUCCAUGCUCGUGCGCAAGGUGUGGAACUCGCGCUUGUUCAAACCGCAAGUCAGCCCGCACGAAUUUCUCCAGGAGGUCAAUAAGGCGAGCAAGGGGCGGUUCAAGCUGACUGCACAGGGAGACCCAGUCGAGUUCCUCGGCUGGCUCUUGAAUCAGCUGCACAUGGAUCUGGGCGGAGGAAAGAAGCGCGACUCGAUCAUCUCGGCGACAUUUCGCGGUGUCGUGCGCGUGGAAAGCCAAAAAGUGUUCGUCCGAAGCGGGAUCGAGCUAGACGACGAUGGUGGCGGACCACGGGACAAGCUUGACUCGGAUGGCCGCAGGGAAGGUGGCCAAGAGGAUGCGCAGGGUAAUGCCAAAUUCAACAUCGAUAAGGAGAUCCAAACAAAUCUCUCUCCUUUCUUCCUGCUUGCGAUCGACUUGCCGCCGCCUCCGGUCUUCCAGGACGUGAUAGAGAAGAACAUCAUCCCGCAAGUUCCGCUCGCUUCGCUGAUCUCAAAGUAUGAUGGCAUAUCGUUUCAGGAAGCACGCGGAAUGAUCCGACGCUUCAAGGUGAUGCGGCUACCCCCCUUUGUCAUUCUGCACUACCGUCGCUUCACUAAGAACAACUUUGUCGAGGAGCGCAACCCCACGAUCGUCAAUUUUCCCGUCAAGGGGCUCGAUCUCAAGGAGACGGUGGUGGGAGAGCAGAGCGAGGAUAUAUCGACAAUGUACCACCUCGUCGCCAACAUCACACACGAGGCGACGGCGGGUAGCGUCAGAGAAAACCAAGUCUGGAGGGUUCAGGUUCACAGCAGGAUUGAUGGGGAACCUUUUGGACACCCAGUAGAGGCAAGUCACCGUUUAAAAAGGAAGGGGCGAGACCAAGGCGCAAAUGGCCUCAAGUCUCAGGCUGAUGCAGACGGCGAGGGAGAUGACGAGGCGGACCGCGCUGCAGAGGAAAAGUGGUACCAAAUCCAAGACCUCAUCGUCGAAGACAUCAACCGCCAGAUGCUCUUUUUGGGCGAGACGUACGUGCAGAUCUGGGAGAGGAAAGAUGGCUCGCGUGAGGUGUCGGAGGUGAUGCGCAGGAUCGCAGCAAAACAGGUGGCCGAAGCGAAGGAUGAUGGGAUAAAGAGCAAGCCAGUAGGGGCUAAACCGGCAACGAAAAGUACCACCAUUAUGAGCAAUGGUCCCGCACAUACGUGAUUGAAUAUCGCACGAUACACCUUUAGCUCCGGAAAUCGUAGACCUGUAAAAGCGCAGCAUAUUGCAUGAGCUCUUCCGGGGGA